UUUCUCUCCUAUAACCUGCCCCCUUACCAAAACCACACUCGCCCCCUCCUCUUUUACCUUUUAAAACCCAUGGUAAAGUUUGUAGGACAUUAUCCUCUUGAUAUCAGCGUUAUCUCAAGAAGAAGAGCCGUCUGCAGCUAUGCGUCAGUAUUGUCUUUGUCUUUUCAUUGGUCUUCUGGCGGUUGCAUUGCUUCAGUCCAGUGUAACGGGCAACAAUGCAAAUUUACCAUCUGAAUGCUGUUUUAAUUAUCGUGGGAGAAAAAUCCCCAUUGCUAAAAUUGAUUCCUACAUCGAGACAAGAGUGGAAUGCGUCAAACCUGGAGUCAUUUUUGUCACAAAGAAGGGUUAUCGUAUCUGCGCGGAUCCUCAGCUGAGCUGGGUGAAGAGUGCCAUGAAAGCAUUCGACGAUCGUGAUCUUUGGUGAUGAUCAACAUGCUCACAGGAACGCUUUUGUUUGUUUCUUAAGUGAAGUAUUAGCUCAGUAACCCUCUUCCUGUAAUGCUCUGUCAUUCUUUUCAUUGUUAUCAUGUGAGGCAUUAUGUCAAGUAAAUGCAUUGUUUUGAUGAGCUUAGUAUUUCUUUAACAUUCUGCUUUAAAUGCUAAACCAAUUGUUUUACCUUUAACUGUAGUGUUAAUUUUACUGCAAAAUAACACAUGUAACCAGACAACAAUCACCCUGUUCUUACCAGGAUUACAGGGAUGAUUUAUGAUAGCCUUUUUUAUGUGUAGACUGAAAAAAUAAAUUUGCUUUUGUUUUAU